AUGACCCUAACCCCCUCCUCCGAACAAUCAGACUCGGCCGUCGCCGCCGUCGCCGCUGCAAAUCACAUCGACGACAAGCCAUACCACUCAAAACGACCCCACAAGAAGUCCCGGACAGGGUGUCGGAAUUGCAAGGCCCGUAAGGUGAAAUGCGACGAGUCUCGCCCAAUUUGCCGUAACUGCAUGCUCCGCAAGGCCGACUGUGUUUUCCCCGGACCGUCCCACUCCCACUCCGAGCCUGGCCCGGGGUCGCCAUCUGGCUCCUCCACCAGUGCCGUCUCACCCUCACGCUCGCGGUCCCAUACGCCACAGGGCAGCCACGCCAGCAUCGACGAUGACUAUAACGCCCUCGUCCUCAGAGAGCCGCUCUACAUCCCUGCCGGCGACAGGGACGCCACCGACAUGAAACUACUUUGGUUCUACACCACAAACACCUUCGCGUCCUUCGCGACGCAGGCCGGGCAGGUGAAGCGGGUCGACGACAUCCUCAAGAUCAAGAUUCCCAGCCACGCCUUCGAGAGCCCCUUCCUCAUGGACUGUCUGCUGGGCACAUCCGCCCUCCAGCUCCAGCAUCUGAAACAGGACAUUGCGCCCUCGCGCGCCCUCCGCUACCGUGCCCGCGCCUUCGAGGGCUACCGUAAGGCCAUCGAGGAGGGCAAGCCCGAAACCUUUCCCGCUCUCAUCGCGACCUCGUUGCUCCUCACGGCCCUGUCUUCGCAAAUGUUCCGCGAGGAGGGCACCAAGGACCUCUACAUCAUCGACUGGAUGAUUGUCUGGCGCGGCAUCGGUCUCAUGAUCGACAUGGCCACGCCCCAGACCCUCUGGGACUCGGGCCUCGCCGACCUCUUUGUGCGCCCGCCUAUCAACCUCGACGAGGCUGCCAAGCACAUCCCCAACAACCUGCUCUUCAUGAUCUCCUCCAUCCGACCCGGAGACCCGGAUUAUGACCACAUCUCGACGUACUACGACACGCUUAAGUACCUCGGCUCACUCUACGCGGCGCUCGUCCAUGGCUUCAAUCCCGUCAUGACCCUUCGCGUUGUCACGUGGUUCACUUUCAUCCCCAAGGCCUUUGUCGAGCUGGGCCGACAGAAAAGGCCUCGAGCCUUAGUCAUUCUCGCCCACUAUUUAAUGUUUAUUAAAGUCGCCCGGAACCUGUGGUGGAUCGAGGGUAUCGGUGACCGCGAGAUCGCUGGAAUCGUCCGCCAUCUCGGCGAGGACUGGUACGAAGAGCUUGCAGCGCCACGCCUGGCCUUACUGCUGGAUGACCGAAUCGAUAUCACGAGACUGAUUCUCGCCGAUCCCGAGUGGGAUUCGCCCGUCGACGACUUCAAAGCCCCGCUACACGACGCUCGUACGGAGAUGCUCACCUGGGUCGACGACAGUGGCAAACGGUACAAGGGCAUGCCGCAGCGUGUUGGCGACUUACAACCAGCUGAUCCCGCGCCGCGGAGGCUGCCCUGGGACGGAGAUGGUCUUCAUCAGGAUCCGAUGAUGCUCUGUGCUCCGGGGAGAGAGUACGCUGAGAGAGUACUGGAGGCGAUUGACAUGGGUGUUCAGGACAUGGAUGUUUCCAGGUGA